AAUGAAACAGUUCUAACUUGUGUGUCACCUAAAUUUAUACUCCUGAAGUAUGUAAAUGAAUUUUUUCAUUCACAGUGCUGGCAAGGUGUUGAAUUUUAUUUCUUUAGGAAUAGACUGAUAGAUACACAUCUUUUCCCACUCAAACCCUAAGAGUACAGACUAUACAAUAUUGUAGACGUUAUAUUGUAAGCUCCAGGACAACAAGAAGGUAUUAGUAUCCCCAGAACUUAGUAUACUGCCUGACAUAUAAAAUGAAAUCAAUGUUUUGUUGAAUAAACAAAUAAAUACAGUUAACUUUGCUCUUGUAUCAUUUCCAAAGUGGCUGGCACUGUGUCCGCAUUCACAACCUCACAGGGAAAUAGACGUUAUCGUUGUAUUUAUAAACCACCCUAUGUAUAAUCCGUGGUGGUUGCUUUGUGUGUGUGCAAAAAUCUAAACAAGUGGAAUAUGUUGUGUAGCAUUUCCAGCAAACUAGGUUUUAAGUACAACACAUGGUGGCGCUGUAAGCUAAGGCUGUGAAAAACAGACCCGCGGAGGGCUCCUGUUCUGGCAGUCGUAACACAGACCUAGGCUGAGAGAAGAGGAUUCUUCACGGAAUUGUCUUGCAGUAAGGAUCGAUUCCCAGGACCAGCUGCCUACAGACCCAACAGGCAUCCGGCCCUAAAGGCUUCAGGGGCUGGAAAAAUGGAGGCUGAAGAGGAGCGCUUUCCCACACUAAGGCAAGUCCUGCUUCUCUUUGUUUUGCUGGCUCAGACUUGCGCGGAGCGGGAAGCUUAUAGUGUCGCAGAAGAAACGGAGAGUGGUUCUUUUGUGGCUAAUCUAGCGAAGGACAUAGGGUUAGAGGUAAGAGAGCUGUCUUGGAGGAGGGCUCGAGUCAUUUUUAACAACAACAAAAAACACUUUCAGCUGAACCUUCAGACGGGAGAUUUACAAGUGAAUGAGAAACUGGAUCGGGAAGAACUAUGUGGCCCCACUGAGCCGUGUGAGCUGCAAUUCCAGGUGUUACUGGAAGAACCUUUGGAAGUAUAUAAGUUUAAGCUUUUGGUCAGUGACAUAAAUGACAACCCACCUGUGUUCCCAGAAGCAGAAAUGAUUUUAAAAAUCAUGGAAAAUACUCUUCCAGGGGCGGUGUUUCCCCUGAAAAAUGCACAAGAUUUGGAUAUAGGCAUCAAUAACGUUCAAAACUAUACCAUCUUCCCCAACUCCCAUUUCCAUGUUCUUACCAGAAAUGGCAGUGAGGGCAGAAAGUACCCGGUGCUGGUUCUGGACAAAGCUCUAGAUCGAGAGGAGCAGCCUGAGCUAAGGCUAACUCUCCUGGCCGUGGACGGCGGAGCUCCGCCCAAAUCUGGCACCGCCCGGGUCCUCAUUGAUGUUUUGGAUGUCAAUGACAAUGCCCCCGAGUUUGCGCAGCCACUCUAUCGUGCGCAAAUCCUGGAAAACAGUCCUCUGGGGUCCCUUGUUGUCACCGUUUCUGCUAGAGAUCCAGACACGGGAAUAAAUGGUGAAGUGUUCUACUCAUUUUUUUAUGGCGAUGAAGAGAUUACUAGGACAUUUGCACUUAAUGAACUCACAGGAGAAAUGAAAAUAAUUAGGAAACUAGACUUUGAAAAAAUUGUGUCAUAUGAGGUGGAUAUUAAGGCGUCUGAUGGGGCAGGUCUUUCUGGAAAAUGCACUGUCAUAAUACAGGUGGUGGAUAUAAACGACAACACCCCAGCACUGACGGUGGCUUCACUUACAAGCUCUAUCCAAGAAAACUCCCCAGAAACCACGAUAGCUCUUUUCAGUGUUCGAGACCCAGACUCUGGGGAAAAUGGCAGGACGGUUUGUUCCAUCCAGGAAGAUGUUCCUUUCAUGCUGAAACCUUCCGUUGAGAAUUUCUACAAGCUGGUAACAGAGGGACCUCUAGACAGAGAGCGCCAGGCGGAGUACAACAUCACCAUCACCGUCACAGACAUGGGGACUCCCAGACUGAAAACCCAGCACAACAUAACCGUGCUGGUCUCCGACGUCAACGACAACGCCCCGGCCUUCACCCAAACCUCCUACACCCUCUUCAUCCCAGAGAACAACAGCCCCGCCCUGCACAUAGGCAGCGUCAGCGCCACAGACAGAGACGCGGGCGCCAACGCCCAGGUCACCUACUCGCUGCUGCCACCCCAGGACCCCAGCCUGCCCCUGGACUCGCUGGUGUCCAUCAACGCCGACAACGGCCACCUCUUCGCCCUGAGGGCGCUGGAUUUCGAGGCCCUGCAGGCAUUUGAGUUCCUGGUGGGCGCCACAGACCGAGGGACCCCGGCACUGAGCAGCCAGGCGCUGGUGCGCGUGCAGGUGCUGGACGCCAAUGACAACGCGCCCUUCGUGCUGUACCCGCUGCAGAACGGCUCUGCGCCCUGCACCGAGCUGGUGCCCAGGGCGGCGGAGCCUGGCUACCUGGUGAGCAAGGUGGUGGCGGUGGACAGCGACUCGGGCCAGAACGCCUGGCUGUCUUACCAGCUGCUCAAGGCCACAGAGCCCGGGCUGUUCAGCGUGUGGGCGCACAAUGGCGAGGUGCGCACUGCGCGGCUGCUGAGUGAGCGCGACGCGGCCAAGCACAGGCUGCUGCUGCUGGUCAAGGACAAUGGCGAGCCUCCUCUAUCGGCCAGCGUCACGCUGCACGUGCUGCUGGUGGACGGCUUCUCGCAGCCCUACCUGCCGCUGCCCGAAGUGGCGGCCGCCGAGGCCCAGACUGACCCGCUCACGGUCUACCUGGUCGUGGCGUUGGCGUCGGUGUCGUCGCUCUUCCUGUUCUCGGUGCUGGGGUUCAUCGCUGUGCGGCUGUGCAGGAGGGGCACGGCCUCCUGGGUGGGUGGCUGCUCAGUGCCUGAGGGCCACUUUCCGGGCCACCUGGUGGACGUCAGCGGUACUGGGACCCUGUCCCAGAGCUACCAGUAUGAGGUGUGUCUGAAGGGAGGUUCGGGGACCAGCGAGUUCACGUUCCUGAAGUCUGUUGCCUCUAACCAUCAAGGAUCUGUGAAUGGUGUGGAGAAAAACUCACAUUUUGGAAAUGGUUUUGGAUUCAAUUAGGGAUUUGUGAAUUUUUCAGAGUAUUCAAGAUGAAGGUUAGUUCUUUCUAAAUAUACUAUGUCUUCAUUACCUUUUGGGGGGGCAUAUAUAAUUUGACUUCAUUUUUAUUGCUAAAGAGAUUAGAAACUUUUAGUACAUACUCAUAUUUACCCUCUCUUUAUCAUUUCUAUUUUGAUGAGGGCAAAGAACUUUCAACUUCAUUACUAAAAUGCUGUGGAUAUUUGUUCAAUUUAUCAACUUUUCAUCAUCAACCACUAUUGAUUUGAAGAUAACUCUAGCACCAUUCUCUGUUUGAAUGUUGUCUAGAAACAUUUUUAAAAUUUUAGUUGUGGCUUCUUAGCAGAUGAGCAUGAUACAAAUAUAGUGAGUAUUACUGUAUCUUCAAUUUAAUAUAUUAUGCCUUCCUGUCCUAAAUUUUUAAAUGGAGAAAUGUCUACAAAAAUUGCAUGUUUUUGCCACAGUGAUAUUAAAUAGAAAAAACUAUAUUCUGCCAUGCUUGAAAUGUUUUCACGUCUUUAUAUCAACCUUUCAUGUAUGAUAUUUAUGAGUAUUAUUUUUAAUUACAUUUAUUGGUGUAACAUUGGUUAAUAAGAUUAUAUAAUUUUCAAGUGUACAUUUAUGUGAUACAUGAUCUAUAUAUUGCAUUGUGUGCCCACCACCCAAAGUCAAAUCAUCUCCAGUCACCAUAUUGCAAGAGUAUUAGAAUAUUUGCAAAUGUUUAAAUAAUAGAUUCCACCACAUCUCUUUCUGGAAACUUCUCUCUUCAGUUGAUGUCUGCUGUUGCAGCCAUGUUUAUUUUAACAAAUCACCUUUUUUGGUGAUUUCAAUCAGACAAGGUAGUAGACAUUGCUGAUCCACGCUCUGCCAAUCUGAUUCUCUCUGUUUAAAAAGUAGCUUUAGAAACCAGAUAUAAAAUGAUCCCUUUGUUAGGAACUUAAUAAGAAAAUGGUAUCAUGUUGGCUAAAUACAUGGAAAGAAGUAUAGAAAAUCAAUUCACUUAGAGACAAGAAGGAAGAAGAUACACUUUUUAGUUUCUCCUAAGUGUGCUUUCUCCCUUGGGUUUUUGGAAGCAAAUGUUCUUUUAAUAAAUUUUCCUCUAAUUAAGAUAAUUAGGUGGGUUUUUUUCACUUGUGAAAAUCAUGUGUAGAUAUUCUUGUAUGGCAUGAAACUUACUAUUAAUUUGACAUUUAAAAAAUUUCAGUUGUCAAUAAAUUUAACAAUAUUUAGGCCAGAAGGUGGUGGAGUUCUGCC